AUGUCGCAGAUAUAUUGCCAGGUUGAGUUGUAUUACAACAAAACUCCAGCAAUAAAAAGUGCUCCAAGAAGAAGCGAUUAUUUUUUUGCUGGCAUAAAGAUUUCACCAACCAUCAUUGAUAUAUCCGAAAAGGAUAAACCAGCAAUAAUUAACGUAACGGCCACUGUACCUGUUACUUGUCAGCAAAAAAUAGAGAAUUGUAAAGUAGAAUUGGAGAUUGCUCAAGACAAUAGAGAAAGUGUUAUGGAAUGGUGUGUCCUCGAGUUUAAUGUUAGUCAAACUAAAACUAUACAAGUUGCUCCCAUGCGUGAUUUUGUCAACGAUGGAAAUAAAAUCAUGCACAUAUCUUUUCACGUUCCGGAUUAUUACCCUGCAGUUGACUGGCUUAACCACACCAAAAUCCCAGAUGUACUGGUAAGUUCCUUACUUACCAGUCCGAUAGACAAAUUUUUCGUACUUAGUUUCUCCACUGGCAGCAACUCCUGCCUAUCCUCUAACCCAUUUUAUAUUAAUGAGAAAAUAAAGUCUCUGAUUGUGACUUUUAUAAAAACAAAAUUGUUCACUGUGCAAAAUUGGUCAAAAACAGAAGAGAGACUAGAAAAUGGAGCUUUGUGCAAACGAAGUGGUUUUUUCAAAUUGCAACUCUUCGCAGCCGUUUCGGUCAUUUUUGUGAAGAAAAAUGAAAGCUUUAGGAAUAUAAGGACCAGUCGAUGCUCAUCCGACGGUGACCCACAUAUUAAAACAUUUGACAACGUCUAUUACGACCAUUACUUCAUUGGCGAUUAUGUGUUGGUGGAAAGUAAGGCACGCUUGUUUCAGUCAGGCGUGUAUGUCAAUCGAAACGAUAUGAUAAGGAUGGAAUUUCAAUAA